UGUUAAAGCUUGAAAAAUGAACAUGUCUCUCUUCCCUUUGCAGCCUUUCAGCAUGGCUGAGAGGACACUGGAGCAGGGCUCAGUCAGCAUCCCCAUGGAGGAGACCAAACUCCCCGGCGGAGCACCUCAGGAGGCGCCACUGCUCACCCACUUGAAGAAAGUGGAGAACCACAUCACUGAGGCUCAGCGCUUCUCCCACCUCCCACGCCGCUCUGCUGUGGACCUGGAGUUCAAUGAGCUCUCGUACACCAUCCGUGAGGGUCCCUGGUGGAAGAGGAGAGGUUUCAAAGCCCUCCUUAAGUGUCUGUCGGGAAGAUUCAACAGCAAAGAGCUGAUUGGCAUCAUGGGGCCUUCAGGAGCCGGGAAAUCCACUCUGAUGAAUAUUCUGGCGGGUUACAGGCAGACGGGCAUGAAGGGCCAGAUCCUGGUGAAUGGUCGACCACGGGAUCUGAGGACCUUCAGGAAGAUGUCCUGCUACAUCAUGCAGGAUGACAUGCUGCUGCCACACCUCACUGUGAGGGAGGCCAUGAUGGUUUCUGCCCAUCUGAAAAUGAAUGAGAGCGUGCAGGUCAAAAAAGAACUUGUGGAUGAGAUCCUGACCGCUCUGGGUCUUCUGGACUGUGCUGAGACACGCACCAACUGUAUCUCUGGGGGCCAGUGUAAAAGACUGGCCAUUGGUCUCGAGCUGGUCAACAAUCCUCCUGUCAUGUUCUUUGAUGAGCCCACCAGUGGUCUGGACAGUGCAUCCUGCUUCCAGGUUGUUUCCCUCAUGAAGUCUCUGGCUCAGGGAGGACGGACGAUCAUCUGCACCAUUCAUCAGCCCAGUGCCAAGCUCUUUGAGAUGUUUGAUAAGCUGUACAUCCUCAGUCAGGGUCAGUGCAUAUACAAGGGCACAGUCCCUUACCUCAUCCCUUACCUGAAGAACCUGGGCCUCCACUGUCCGACGUAUCACAAUCCUGCUGAUUUCAUCAUUGAGGUGGCCUCAGGGGAGUAUGGGGAUCUGAAUCCAGUGUUGUUUGAGGCAGUCCAGGGUGGAUUGUGCUCUGAGGAGGGCAAGAAGAACUCCAGAGACAAAAGUGACUCUUCCUGUCCCUCUCAAUGUUACAGUGACACAGGAACCCUUGAGAAACAUAGCUUUGCCACCAGUACAUUCACACAGUUCUGCAUCCUCUUCAAAAGAACCUUCAUUACCAUAUGCAGGGACACGGUGCUGACCCACCUCAGGGUGAUGUCCCAUCUGUGUAUUGGAGUGUUGAUUGGCCUGCUUUAUUUAAAAAUUGGAAAUGAUGCCAGCAAGGUCUUCAACAACACUGGCUUCCUCUUUUUCUCCAUGUUGUUCCUCAUGUUUGCUGCCCUGAUGCCCACCAUCCUAACCUUUCCUCUGGAGAUGUCUGUGUUUAUGAGGGAACAUCUCAACUACUGGUACAGCCUGAAGGCCUAUUAUUUGGCCAAAACCAUGGCUGAUAUACCGUUCCAGGUAAUUUGUCCAAUCAUUUACUGUAGUAUAGUGUACUGGAUGACUGCACAGCCUCCAGAAGCAGGGCGCUUCCUGCUCUUUAUGGCCUUGUCCACAUCCACAGCCCUAGUAGCCCAAUCCCUAGGUCUGCUUAUAGGUGCUGCAUCCACGUCUCUGCAGGUGGCAACUUUUGUGGGUCCAGUCACAGCCAUACCUGUGCUCCUCUUCUCUGGCUUCUUUGUCAAUUUUGACACCAUUCCCAAAUACCUACAGUGGAGCUCUUAUGUUUCCUAUGUCAGGUAUGGCUUUGAGGGGGUGAUACUGUCUAUCUAUGGAAUGAACCGGUCGGAGCUGGAGUGUCCAGGCCUGGUGUGUAAGUUCCAAAAGCCAGAGGAGGUCCUACAGCUGCUGGAUGUGGAAGACGCAAAGCUCUACGUGGACUUCAUGGUGCUGGGAGUUUUCUUUAUUGUCCUCAGACUAGCUACUUACUUGGUUCUGCGCUACAAAGUCAAGUCAGAGCGUUAAGACGUCCAGAAGCAACCACUGAUGGGUUUGGACGCACGCACAUAUCCCCGGCAGUGUGAGAUAGUAAGCAAGCAUUUAGUCUCUCUUUCUCUGUCUCUACUUCACAUACAUGUACAAAGACAUACACAAGUCCAGCACAUAAAAUCAUCAGAAAGCUGUGCUGCACCAUUACCCAAAAUGUACAAUACAACAUUACCUUUGAAACAGUUUAUUCAAGAAAAAAGAAAGUUCAGACUGUGGAGUGUUGUUCUACCCCCUGCCCAUUAUUAGUUGUCCUCCAGGUAAUAGUAUUUUUCAGAUCACCAUUACCUUCCAAAAAUAAUGUGUAUGUGCAUCAUAUAGAAACAGACUACCCAACACAGUAACAGAAAGCAUGUCUCUUUAAAGUGAGAAACUUGUACUGAUUUCCGAGAACUCCAAGAAAGCCUCCGGGUUUAUGGGGAGCCAUAGUAAUCAUUUUGGUGCAGGAGUGUCCAAUAAUUAGCUUUUCAAUCCAAUGCCUACAAAGGUAAUCCAUGGUCUACAUCAGAAUCCCGUAAAUACUUAAUUGGACAGCACCCAUCAAGAUGGCCGAGGAACAAGAUUUCAAGAUGGAUACCCUCUUAUUGGAGAAGUGGAAACUUUUAGUGCCAGGAAACUUAUGCAGCUUCUCCUUUAGGAUCAUCACAUCAGGGUAUCCUUACCGAGACGCUGACUACGAUGGCUUUUCUUUACGGAAUACAACCUUAACAAAUCGACUGCCAGUGGAUGACUUUCCUCGCUUUCCAUCUUCAGUGUGGAUCGUUUUUGCAGGCCUUCUGCCCUACCGUGGAUGGUGGUAGAAUGUUUAGACAAGGACAAAAUGUUUGUAAAAAUGUCAAGCAGCGUGUCUCACACAGAGACUGAUACAGAUUCACCCUGCGACAAUAUGAUUCCUUACUUGCUCCUUAUUAUACACAUUUGUUUCUGUCAUAACCGAGGAAGCAUUCAGUGAACUGGGAGCACAAUGUGAAAGCAAGCAUGGGUGCUGAUUUUGGAGAGCUGUCUUAAUCGUAUUGCAACGAGAGAAUGGUGUUUUAAGUGAAGUGCAAUAGCCUAUUCUAUGGUUUAAAAAAGUGAUGUUUGUCUAAUCGAUGUUGCUCUUUUGACACAAUUCUUUGAACUGCUUGUUUCCACUCGUUGUAUGACUCUUUAGCUGAGCUACUAAAAGGAAAUAUCCUUUUUUCUCUCCUUCUCUUUCUCUCUGCUUUGCUGAUGUCUGACAGAUGUGUGUUGUCCAAACAAUGCUAGAUACUUGAAAUGCAGGCUGGGCAGUUUUUGUGCCUCUGAACUAGAAUGAUUUGAGUUUCUUCUGCUUAAUUGUUUGCACAUACACUUUAUGUCAGCAUACAUGCUGGUUCUCUCUUUCUUUCUGUCUCUCUCUUACACACACACACACACACACACACACAGGUACAUGUGCACAUACACACACACACACACACACAAACAUACACAUUCACCCUUGGCAAUGUUUAGACGAGCCUCUCCUUGUCACAGGGCAAUGCAAAUAUUUUCCAAUAGACUUGCUAUGAAAUAUUUCUUACUCAAACUAUGCUACUUAGUAAUCCUUAUUAUAAUGCAUACAAUAAUGUGAGUAUAUAAUCAAUGAUUGUACAGUGAAUAUGUCAUGCUGUAAACAAAUGUACAUUUGCACUUUUCAAUGUAUGUUUAUUCUCUUUUUAUUUAUUUGUAUUUCAUUUUAUUUUGAUAUAUCUAUGUGAUGAGUGCUGCUUGAAAGUAUAAUGGGAAAACAGCAACCGAAUGUUGCAUGUUCACUUUAGGAAUGAAAUUUCAGAAUAAGGAAUAGUGGUUUUAUUUCCUCAUCCAUAUGUAUGUACCCUGCCAUGUUUGAGGAGAUAGAAAUCCUCUGCUUUCUGCUGAACAUUUUUAAAAUAUCUGGAAUCGAGUGCGUCACUGGUGUAGAUAAAAAAAAGAAAGACUUAGGAGUGAGAAGGUAACAUUAGCGUGUGAAAUGUGCUGGACAGAUGAAGGCAAGGAUAAAUAACAGUCAACCAAAUGUGUCAUGAUGUAGCUAAAGAGAUUGAAGACCUCUUUAGGAGCAGACUAGUUCAGAGAGCAGAUACGUUAUCACUGAUGGAGGUUGGGAUUCUGUCAUUAAUAGCAAUAGUCAACAUUGUGAUGUUUAAUUGUUAUACCUCUCACUGCUGUGGCAGUUUAUGUUUUAUAUUAAGUACUUGAUCUGAGUUAUUUUGUUCCUACCAGUUUUAUCAUGUGCAAUAACCAUCCAAAGGUACCAAUUUCAUGAAGAGAAAAUGUGAAAUUGCUGCAAUGUGUUUUUUUUUACGUUAUGUUUUUGUUGCUGCUUCUGUUAAGUAACAUGGGCAUGGACAUGUUUACUAGAUGACACACUUCAGGAUUUAAUUAGAGGGACAGAAGCAGAAUAAUAACAGUAAAAUGUACUGUAGGUGGGUGCUGGAUAAGCUAAAGCCAGUGGGCAGAUGUUGCCAUUUUAAUGUCAGACCCCGUCAAGAUAAUUGGUUCUCAAGGAAAAUGUGUAGCAUGGGAAAAAUACUGCAUAAAGUCAGUUUUACCGCCAACACAGCAGAUGUGUGUUUUAACCUUCUCCAAAUGAUAUCAAAAGCCACGAGUUGGUAGCAGACCUGCAGGUAUAACUUAGUAUGGUAAAAAAAAAAAAAAAGAAACCUAACUGCAGAGAAGAAACAGCUCCAAGCCCAGAACAAAGCAGGGAUAAUUAGCAGUGGUGAAGUCAUUAAAAAGUCUGGAACGUCUCGGCCUGAGGUGUAAAGGCCUGUGGUACCAAAGAAGAAAACAAAUCAUCCUUGCUCUGCUGCAAAAUGUGAAAUAUACUGGCUGCACUUCUCAGUGAGAUUAUGUUGUCAAAUGACAAAAAUAUGACCAAAGAAAGUGCUCCAAAAAGACGUCAACAAUGUUUGUAGUAAUUCAAAUCCCACUGGACAUAGAUUAUGUUCCCUUAAGAUUUAUUUUCCAGCGGCUCUUUAAGGUCAGAAAAGUGAUAUCAUUUGGCUCCAGUGGAGAUACUAAAUAAUUUAAUCUGAAUGAAAUGUAAUCAUGUAUAAGCGGUGUUCAGACUUCUAAUUGUGCCAGAUGCAGCUGAUGAGCUAUGUUCAACUCAAAAUGAUUUUCACUCUCUUUGACACAUUUUUAUAAUGUCAAUAUCUCGCCUGUUUGUCAUAACACACCACCUGACUUUAGUGCACUCUAUCAUGCAUGGUAAAUAAUAAAAAUCAGGAUAUCCCUACUAAAAAUUACAAUUGAACAUUAGUAAUGGUAUGGAAGGCUGUUUAACACAGAUUGUUAUUUUUUUUUUGUCUGAUAUGAUUUGUUUAUCAUUUACGGUUUAAUUAAUGGUUUCUCAACUCAAAAAAAUGCAAGUUCUGUAUACUGAACGCUGU